AUGAACAAUGGCGGGGAAAGGCUCAUUCGUAGUCUCGAUAAACGAGUCGGAGGAGGCUCCAGAGCUUUUGUUAAUUCCUUGCUUCAGGAUAUUGAACUGCUUGAGAAGCGGCUGAGAGAGUCUGGCCAGGAACCGCCCGAGCCGCAGAAUCCCCUGCUGAAAGGGCGACCGCUACAGUUUUCUCGAAAUCGUCGCGAUGCAGACAAAUCCCAGUCAAAUGGAUCAGUAAGCAGGCACAACGCCUACCUAGACAUACCAAAUGGAGACCCAUCAAAGACCAACUCAGGGUUGACAGCGUUCAGAGUCGGACAGAGCACACUUCUCAACCAUGACAGCACAAACACACAGACACGUUAUUUCAACGAGCAUGUUCGACAGCGAUCGAGAUUCUCUGAAAGUCGGCGGCUAGAAAAGCACGCCUACCGUAUCCUCGCAGUUUUGCCAGCACAUAUCCAAGACUAUUUGAUGGAACUUUUCUGGACUCGCUAUAAUGGGACGUUUCACAUUCUAGACCGAAACGCAUUUUACGAAGACCUUGAAACGGGUGCGUCAGGGGCAUACUCUGGCUUCUUACACAUCUCGUGCUUAGCCAUGGGGUUCUUGUUCGCGGACAGGAAGAACCCGGCAAUGCGAUAUAUCACGAUUUCUGAUAAUCUCAGCGUUUUCCACCAAGAGAUUAAAUAUGUACUCGAUGCAGAAUUAGAGGAGCCUCAAGGCCUGAUAACGAUCCAAUCGAUGCUCAUAUUAAGCGACCUUCAAUGUGCACUUGGGGUGGAUGACGUCGGUGGAUUAUAUGCAGGGAUUGCCUGCCGCCUCGCUUUUGACUAUGGCCUCAACCUGGAGCACUCGAUGCUGGAGUUAUCACAGGCAGAAAUACAGUCACGUCGGAGACUGCUCCGUUCCUGUAUUCUUUAUGACAGAGGUUGGUCAUUGUACCUAGGCAGGCCUACGAGUAUAAAAAACUCAGACCUUGAUAUGUGUCAACUUACAGACACGUUCUCGCGUUUGGGAGGCGUCUGCGACUUAGUCAAGAUUCAGACAUCAGCCAGCUCAGAUGCAGAUAUGGACGAAGUUGAAAACUUGGUGUACGACGCCAUGCUUGAACUUCUAGAGAUUGCCAGCAAAGUUCAAGAGAAAACCCAUUCAGACAUUCUCCCUGGAUCGGAAUCCCAUGAGCACUUAUUAGUUGAGGUAGCUGCACUGGGGAACCAUUUAAAUUCCUGGUCUGCGAGGCUUCCUCCGCUGCUUCGUUGGAGUCCUGAAAAUGCUAGGAGAGCACCGUCACUCUACUUCGUGAUGCAACAUGCGUUGAAGGUUGCGCAGAUUUUCGCAUUUCAUCGGACGGGAUUUGGCCGGAGCCAGUUUGGCCAGUUUUCGCUCACGCAUGCUGCUACGGCAAGUCUUGUUCUAGUUGCAAACGCAUCACUUGGUGAGAAUUCUAGCGAGCGACCUUCCACCAUGCUGCAGAUCCGGGUACUACUAGGAGAACUGAAACAGAUGUCUCUGGUCUAUCAACCGGCCAAAAUGAUGACCGCCGUGAUGAAACACUACAUGCAGAACACUGGUGUGGAUUUCAACAAUCUACCAAUCUCGGAUUCGAGCUUAACACCGUUCACAGAGUCCAGCAGCGACGUUUCCGCUCGACGGCCUAGUGAGCAUGAUCCGGAAACUACCAGUCAAUGCAACAAGAAGAGACACAUCUCAAACAGAGGAUCUUCUACUCUGAAUAUUCCAUCGUCUGCGAAUGCCGCCGUUGUAUUUCAUCCACUUAGUAGACCCGAAGUUUCUACCUCACUCGCACGAACCGAAGCUGAAGUUAAGGACUUCGAAAUCCUGGGUAAUGACACGGCUGAAAACAAUGCACAUAUUGCCGAUGAAGAGAGCUGCAAUGCUUUGAAAUCUACUAGUCUUCACGUUUCGGAUAAUGCGAUAGAGACCUUGUUAUGGACAGAAGAUUCUCUCCAGCCGCCAUUAGGCGAUGGGGGUGCACAAAUACCGGGGUCAGCAGAAUUUUCACCUUCAUUUCUAUUACGCGAUAGUCCCGACAGCGGUACACGACUUCAAAGUUUGGGAAACGACAUUGGGGAUGUCUUCCUCGGAUAUCAAGGAGAAAACUUUGAGAACACCACCUGGUAG